AUGUCGGGCCUCCUAGGGUCAGGAUAUGACUCUAGCGACGAUGAUGGUGUUUCCGCGAAAUCUCCACCAGCACAAGCCAAACCUGUGCAGGCUGCUCCAGAUGUGACAAUAGAGGUUUGGUCUCUACAUUUGGCGCAUGACUUUGGUCAGUCUAACAUCAUGCAGGACUCGUCGCAACUCCAAAUCGCACUUGCAAAUCCUUCCAGUACCGCCCUGACAUAUAAUGUUACUUAUGACAACCUCGCUCGACCCACCGAGGGCCCAGUAAACCCAUUCAAAUCAACAUCUGGGAAUGUUCUCAAGCGCAAAAAUGUCCUCACUGGCAAUGCAGAGGAAACCAACAUGUCGGAGGCAACUUUCAGGACACAACAUAGGACCUUUCAGAGUCUAGGCUACACGAAUGAUCCCAGUGUCAAUGGCGCAUUGGUAGGGAAUCAGGCCGCGAUCGCAAAAUACGGCGGUCGCGAUGUUGUUCAACUCGGCCACUCCAAACAAGACAGCGCGGCCAUUCGAGCGAAACGGCAAAAGAAGGGUGACAGUAGCAUCGUUGAUGGAGAAGGUGCGUAUCUUGGACCUUGGGCAAAAUAUACAAGCGAUGAUGUUUCUUAUGAGCAAGCAGAGGCUGCUGCAGACCAAGAGCUCGCUUCGGACGAAGAAUGGGUGGAAGAAGGUAUCGUGCCUACGAUAUUACCUGCGCCACCAAAAGAAGCCACUGGAUAUGGAGAAGACUCGAGCAUUACAGAGACCACCGAAUUUCAUGGUGCUGCUGAAUUCGACUACCAAGGACGAACCUACAUGCAUGUCCCGAGAGAUCUCGACAUCGAUCUUCACAAAGAACCUGGUUCACAGCAAAACUUUGUGCCCAAGAAACUCAUACACGUCUACAAGUACCACACGAAACCCAUUACUUCUCUUCGCUUCAUUCCAAAUUCAUCACAUUUACUCUUGUCCUCUGCCGCUGAUGGCAAGAUCGCUCUGUGGGAUGCCCAUCAUGACAGGACAUUGUUGAGGACAUUCUCUGGCCACAGUAAAUCUGUCACUGACACGGAUUUCCACCCUACUGGUCGCACAUUCCUAUCUGCAUCCUAUGAUCGGCAGAUGAAACUCUGGGAUACGGAGACCGGAAAGUGCAUAUCACGAUUCACCACGGGCAAAACGCCCCAUACACUCCGAUUUCAUCCCGACGGCAAUGAGUUCAUUGCAGGAAUGUCGGACAAGAAGAUUGUACAAUUUGAUACUCGGAGUGGAGAGCUGACGCAGGAAUACGAUCAUCAUCUGGGCGCGAUCAAUACACUUACUUUUGUUGAUGAAGGGAGAAGGUUCAUUUCUACGUCAGACGACAAGUCUCUCCGAGCAUGGGAAUUUGGUAUCCCAGUGCCUAUCAAAUUUAUUGCGGACCCAUCCAUGUAUGCGCUGGUCCGGUCAGCGCCACACCCCAGCGGGAAAUAUGUGGCAUUCCAAAGCGCUGAUAAUCAGAUCGUCGUCUAUGCAGCGGGUGACAAAUUCCGACAGAACCGCAAAAAGGGAUUUCGUGGCAUGAACACUUCGGGUUAUGCUAUUGACGUAGCCAUAAGCCCUGAUGGAGGUAUCAUUGCCUCGGGUGAUACUGGUGGUUUCGUCUGCUUUUGGGAUUGGAAGACUGGCAAGAUGUGGCACAAAGUGCAGGCUGGAGGAGAAGGGUCUGGCGCUGUCACUUGUGUCGCUUGGCAUAGCCAGGAGACGAGUAAAGUAGCCACUGGUGGGCUUGACGGCAUUAUCAGAUACUGGGAUUGA